AUGAAGUUGUCUGCUGCCAUCCUCAGCGCCGCGUUGCUCACCACUUCGGCCAUUGCCGCUCCUCUCACCGAGCGUCGCGCAGCUCGCAAAGCUGCCCGCACUGCGGCCCGAGCUGACCGUAUCAGCCGUCCGGCUUACAAGCCAGACACCAAGGAGCUUCUCAACGUGAAUGCGACAACCCAGGAGAAGUACAGCUCAAACUGGGCCGGUGCAGUCCUUAUUGGUAGCCAAUACACUUCGGUCAGCGGAGAGUUCACCGUCCCCACACCGAAGCUUCCCUCGGGUUCUUCGUCUGGCGAGAAGUCCUGUGCCUCUGCCUGGGUCGGUAUUGACGGCGAUACCUGCAGCAGCGCCAUUCUCCAGACUGGAAUCGAUUUCUGUAUCCAAGGAGGCGAGGUUUCCUUCGAGUCCUGGUACGAGUGGUACCCGGAUUAUGCCCACGACUUCUCCGGGAUCCCGAUCUCCGCUGGAGAUGUGAUCAAGCUUACUGUAACCGCCACCUCCAAGACCUCCGGUUCUGCCGUCAUCGAGAACGUCACCUCAGGCAAGUCUGUCAACCACAAAUUCAGCGGUGUUGACGAUGGGGAUCUCUGCGAGACCAACGCCGAAUGGAUUGUCGAGGACUUUGAGAGCGGUGGCGAGUUGGUUCCCUUCACCAACUUCGGAACUGUGACAUUCAGCAAGGCAGAGGCCACAUCCGGUGGCCAGACUGUUGGCCCAUCAGGAUCUACUAUCAUGGAUAUCAGACAGAGCGGCAACAUUUUGACCAAGUCAUCUGCUACUAGCAACAGUGUUACUGUGAGCUAUGUCUAA